UUUCUUGGAAGACGAACAUAUUUGUUUUGGGACUUUCUGAAUGGAGCAAUGAUUAAGUUAUGAGUGUAGGGAGUUCAACAGGUGCACUACCUACUAUAUUGCUGAUUUUUGUAACACUUCUAUCUGGCAUAUAAUUGAUGCAUAUACAUCGUUUUAUACAAAUUCAGCGCCAUCUUCAGAAAGUCGUCCGUAUUCCGUUAGUUACGUGACCGUUCACGUACACCCGUAGUACGUUAUUGAGCACGAGGUGUCGCCACCUUCCGUGACAGAGACGGCAACAUAUUGGAUCAGUGAAACGACAGAUAUGGAAAACAAACGGUUGUGACUUAGUAUCGUGACCCAUUCCUCACAGUGGGACCGCGUUCCAGCGGUACAGAAUAAAAUUACGCGCGUGAACAAAAAUAAAUCACCAUCUGUUUAAAUAUCCUGAUUUUUUUUUUAUUGCGCGCCAAACCCGGUACAAAAUGUGCGGCUCGUAUGUAUCUACGUUUUAACAUUUAGUGUUGUGCUUGUGUUUAGUUUUGUUUUGUCAAUGGAUUUAUAAUAAGUCGAUUACGAAGGCGUUUCGCUUUAAAAGAUAACCUCUACGAUGGUUCAAUGAUGUGAAAGCAAUGCUGCUCCAGCAGGUGUCGUCGUCGCCUGGUCCCAGCGGCACGGCCAGCCCCAAACUCCCCCCAAGUCCACGUCCGAAUCCCAGCCCCAACUUUGGCUCACGGUUCGCCAGUCCAAGUUUGAGUGAUGAAGCUUCAAGUUCCAAUUGCCAAAGACUUGGCUGUAAUAGCCCAAAACUUGGAACGAACAGCCCAAGGUUGGGUGCCAGCCCUAAAUAUGGAAGCCCCAGGCUGGGAAGCGAUAGUCCAAGAUAUGAAGGGAAGGGGGCUCUGGAAGAUGAAGUGGCUUUAGAGAGACUUCAGACAGAAUUGAAGACAGGGUGGACAGUCCACACAGGGAGAGAUGGCCGGUUGUAUUAUUGCAAUCACGUCACGAGGACCGCGAGCUGGUUACCGCCGGCGGAGAGUUGGCCCGUCAAGGAUGCAGAGAGUCCGGACGAAGAGGAUCUGCCCUACGGCUGGGAACAGGCGCUCGAUAACAGAGGGAAACCGUACUACAUCAAUCACCUUAAUAAAACAACCACAUACGUGGCACCGGAAGGCUGUUCCUGCGAGUCACCACCAGCUCCUCGGGAUGUGGUUCUCGAUAGAGAUCCAGAGCUCGGCUUCGGUUUCGUCGCCGGUUCAGAAAAACCAGUUCUAGUUCGUUUUGUCACCGACAACUCACCGAGUGUCGGAAAGUUGGAACCUGGUGAUCAAAUCCUUUGUGUAAAUGGCGAGGACGUCAGCACAGCAGCUCGUGAACACGUCAUCUCAGCAGUACGAGCCUGUACGAACCGUGUCACCCUGAAAGUGUGUCAGCCAGCUCGUAGCGGUGACCCGGCAAGGAAGUCUGCCUUCCUUUCUGCCGCUAAAAGAGCCAGAUUACGAGCAAGGCCGCCCAGGGUCAGGUUUGCAGAUUCGGUUCAACUAAAUGGAGCACCUAUGUAUCCACCAUCAGCGUUCUCUCUUGGCGACCUCUGCCUUCCUCCUAUGGCUAAUGUCCUAAAGGUGUUUUUGGAAAACGGACAAACGAAAUCGUUUAAGUACGAUACCACCACCACCGUGGCUGACGUGGUGACCAGCUUGAAGGACAAGCUCUGUAUAACAGCCGAAGAGCAUUUUAGCUUGGUCGUUGAACAUGUGAAGAGCUUGAAGAGGAAUAAGCUCACAUUGUUGGAUCCUAAAGAGUCUUUGGCCAGGAUCGCAGCUCGUCCCGGUUCUCAUAAGAUGCGUUGCCUGUACCGCGUGGUGUUCAUGCCGUCGUCCGCUGCGGAGUUAGCGCAACGCGACCUGGCAGCCCUGGACUACCUCUACACUCAGUGCUGUAACGACGUGGCCCAGGAUCGUUUCGCCCCGGAACUGCAGCCCGACGUCGCGCUGCGACUCGCUGCACUCCACAUACACCAACACGCGCUCGCUCACAACAUGUCCCCCGCUAAACUGACUGUCAAAGUUGUCGAGCGAGAGUUUGGUCUGGAGCGUUUCGUUUCCAGCAGUCUCCUGGAGAGCAUGAAGCGGAAGGAACUCCGACGACUGGUGGCGCACUUCCUCAAACUGAACGCUCAGAUGACGGGAGGACAGCGGCAUCUCACACAGUUACAGGCUAAGUUGCAUUACCUGGACACGGUCAGCGCUCUGCCCAGCUACGGCGCGAAGUGUUUCAGCAGCGCGCGGCCUGAGAGAGUGUUGCUCGUGUCCCCUCGUUUUGGACUGUCACAGAUCGUCGGGAGAAGCAACUCCGUGCCUCAAGCCAUAGCUUCUAUAGAGGAGGUGGAGUGUGUUCGUGUCCGCGGGUCCUGUGUGUCGGGGGGCGGAGCGGACGUGGGGGUAUUCCUGACCCGGGAUCGCGUGCUCGCUUUGCUCAUGGAUGACCGCGACGCCGCCGAGAUGCCACUGGUCAUCGCCGGUUACUACCGCCUCGCUACGGGUCGGGAACUGAAUAUAGAAUUGGAGAGAGAACCCAUAACCGAGGAUAUAGCACCGCCGUAUCUAUCACAGCACAACGUGGUCCCGACCAAAUGGAGCUAUUUACACUAUAACGAUCCUAUAAUGCUAACGAAGAAACAUUAUGCGAUCUUCAGUAUGCCGCCGCCUUAUCAUUCCACACCGGAUCAGGCCAAGUCCAGCUUAGACACCAACAUGAACACGAGCAUUGCGAACAGGAAUCACAGCAAUAACUCCAGUCCUUUAGUCGGCUACGAUUCCAAAUCCGGUCUGCUCGGAUACGAUAUACAUUUUGAGAAGUGUAAAAGAAAUGAGGAUUUCCGUCUUUUCGAUCCGAACGACGCUUGCUACCUCGACGACGGCAUGGGAUUUGAUCUACAAAGUGUUCUGUCGAUGGAAUUGUUGGAGAACGCAAACAACCCCCGAUUAGUGGAGGCCAAGAAUGAGGAGGUGUUGCGAAGGGUGGCGGAAAUGCAAAAACUUGUAGAGAAUUCUGAACAGUAUUUGACUGAAAAUUGUGAUGUUUUUAAUAAUAGCGGUUAUAACGGUGUUCUUAGAGACGAAUUAGUGGGUAAAGAGACUUGCGUAGAUAAUAUUGAAAGUGAUACGGAGUCAAACAAUAGUAAGAUGUCCGCUGCGGAUGAUGCGCCCGGAGUUCUUAAGCAUAGUGACUCCUUGCUCCUGUUGACUGAAACCAUUAACCAAGGACUGAAUAGCGGUAAUGUAGAAACGCAAAAACAAUAUACUUCUACAGAUCUAACUCAAAGACAAUCUCAAGGACUUAGCGCAAUUCUCAAUAAUUGUGGAUUCACAGAUGCUUUAUUAGCUCUUAAUAAUGACGUUGGCUUCUCUGAGAGUGACAACGAUUCAACGUAUACUCCUACGAGUAGUCCAAUACGGAAACAUCAAAAUAAAUCGACCAAUAAAGCAGUUAGGACUAGUUUUGGUCUGCAUAGUCCAGACGCAACAUUAGACACUAAAGAAUCAAAUUUAAAACAAUACUUAAAGCAGCUCAGAGAAAAGAGCGACAGGGAGGAAAGUGCAGCUGAAUUUCCGUAUUUUUACCAAGAGAGCUUAAUAGAAAACGACGCCGAGCUUAUAGACUUAACAUUAAUACCCCCACCGCAAACGCCUGAUGAAUUAGACUGCGCAACGCAAGUGCCUCAAAUUUUACCUAUCGUACCUCCUUCCUUUGCCGAUGAUAAGGACACAGAGCAAGACAAUAGUCCUAAGAGUAAAGAGCUAGAGGAAUUCAUCGCUAAUGUUACGGUACAACCCCCGACGGUUAAAAUAACUCCAGCAAUAGAGCUCACGCCGGAGGAAAUAAUGUCAUAUAUCAUACCACCGCCGCCGGGUUCAAACGCGUCUACUAUAGAUAGAGAUUCAAUUAAUAACGUAAGCCAAGAAAAAAGCGGUAACAGCAACGAAGAACAUAAUAAUACUAAUGAGAAAAUAUCUAACGGUGAGGUAGUUAAAGGCGUCUUAAGUGUGAGCGAGAUCAGAAAUAUGUUUGCUUCAAAACAAUUAAGUGACGCUAGAAACAGUUUAUUAUUAAAAGAAAAAAAUAAGGCCGACUCUCCGAAGAGCAAGCGAAAAAGUAUAGCCGGAGAUAAACAAUCCAACGGCAACGCACAUGUUAUAGAAUACCCCACUGUUGAGAGAAAAGGUAUGUUCUCAUGUUGCAGCAAAGACAAAAAUAAGAACGAUGAUCUUUGUGAGGAAACAGAGCAAAUUGAAGGUCAUAUAACGAACUCAGAUUCGAUGCCUGAUGUUUGUGAAAUCCGGCCACCUCCGAGAAGAAAAGGCAGUGAAAUUCGGAAACCUCCAGAACGCCCUCCGAAAAUGCCUCCCACGCCGUCUCCGAGACCUCGAUCGAAUUCAUUCACGUGCCCCAACAAUGAACUCAGCGCUGUAGAGUUCACAAGCACUCAUUUCAGUACGUUAAAUAAUAAAAAGUUAAAUUAUAGAGUGGUCUGUGAAAUGAAUGAAGGUAUACAUACGCCUCCCCAAAUCCCGCCACGGAUAGAAAAUAGAACACUUUCUCCUCCCCCACCAUUAUUACUGCCACCUAAAAAACCUCCCCUACCCCCCGUUCCAAGUAUAGAAGUUUUAAGAAUUAAAAAUUCCCAGAAACUAUCACCCGUUCGGGCGACCGAGCGGCUGGCUAGUAUCGGGUCACCACAUUUUCACAGGAAUCUUAACACUUACCGGAAUCUCGAAAACGAAAACAAACUAACCGAUGACGAAUCCCACAAUCCGAGAUCUCAGAAUAACAACUCUAUGACGCUACAAAAUCGCCACGUACGUUCGAAUUCUGAGACGAAGAGUACCAUAUUGAAAAAUAAGAACAUAUCAACAGGCCUCUCUCUGUGUUCGCCUCAAAUGAACCGUCGGUUCAGCAACAGACCUGACCUAUUAAACGAAGCUCCCGUCGGCGAUCAGAGACUAUUCAGUCGUUCACUCGCUGAACGGAAGACCCUCAGACGGGACAGCGCGAGUCCGACGGGCAAGGUUCAGAAUCAUGUGAGGUUCAAGGAAGACGUCGUAGACGACAUCCCGACUCCGCCCUCUCCGCCUACAGUCAAGUUCCCAGAGUUUCAAUCUGGUAACAACGGACAUGUGUCCAUAGAGAACUUAUUGUGCAAAACUGAAGUGGCCGUUGACGGGUUACUGCAGAGAUUACACCAGGUGGCGCAGAAAUGUUCACACCAACACGCCCACGGAGGAGGCGAAGACAUCGAUGAAAUUAAAUUCCAGCGAGCUCGCUCAGAACUAACUUCGUGCGCGGUGUCUUUGGUGGGAGCGUCCCGUACACUAGUGGGGGCGUUGGGAACCUCUCAGGAAGGUCCCCCAGGGCUGGCGGCUCCCGCCGCCCUACCUGACUGCCUUACACCGUUAAGACGCCUGACGGAUUUGGCACAGGCUUUGGGGAAGCACACUUCAGCACCGCUCCAAACUAGAAAUUUGAUCCUUCGAGUUCAUGACGUCACCGCCGCCUUUAAAGACUUAGCAGGUGCGGAAAUGGCGCAGAUUAUACACGAACAUAACUCCAAAGAUGGAACUCAAGGCCAGGGUCAGGACUCGGCUUCCACCCUCGAGGGUCAACUGGCCCUCCGAGCGGAAUGCCUGGCGAAUGUCUUGGCAACUCUACUGCGGAGUCUUAGGGUAUUCUCACCUUAACGAUCCUAAUGUCGGCAGCUUCACUGCGUCUCGGACGUCGAGACGUCAAAAUUUCUGAAGUCACUUUGAUCGGUUAUAAAUAAAUGUGUUGUAGACUAAAUAGAAAUGUUAGUGUUAUCUUCUGUUAAAGCAUUAUUGAAAUGAGACCAAAUAAAAUUAGAUACGUUUAUAAUGUUUUGAUUAAGUUGUAGUUUUGUAAAUUUUAAUAUACGUUGACUUGAACCGUCGGCGUCGUUUCGAGUGUUAUGUUUGUAGGCCCGUAGGAAGCGAUCGUCUGUGAAUAUGUUGACUCGUUAUCUAGGAGUCCCGCGACUAUGUGUAAUUCCAUAAAUGUUACCAUAACAUAAAGUUAGAAGUAUAUCAUAUCUGUUCACAUAAUCAAUGAAAUGUAUAUUAAUAUUGAAGUAUGUGUGAUUAUAAGAUGCGAAUAAAGUUAUCAUAUCCUCUAUUUAAGUCGAAAUUGUUUUACGAGUAACGCAUUCCGUCAUUUUGUUCGUAUCUGUGUUGCUAGUUGUGUAAUAUUUCAAACUCGCUGUGCUGAUAUGUAAUAUUGGUGCUAUUUUAAAAUAAACGCGUUAUCGAUCGGCUUCUGCACCAGUGAUUUAAUUUGUUUUUUUUUAUUUAUUUUAUUGUAAACAAUCAAUGCAACCCUAUUGCACACCUGUGAGUACAAUUUAUCUGUUUCUUUUUCUGUACCAGUGUUUAACCAAAGACAAGUUCUUUUUUUUUUUUAUCUUAAUUUAUGUACAAAUUGCUCAUUCCGUUAAGUGUAUACAUGCUUCAAAAUAUAUCGUUGUUAUAAUCAUAAAAGUUAUUUCAUUUCAUAAAUAUUUGUCGGAUUUAUCUAUUGACUGUAUAUUGUUAAUUUAACUAUUCAAUGCAUACAUGUUUCUCACCGGGUUUUCCCUCUUGUUGUUUUCAACGCAGCAAUACUCGCUUUACUUACUUAAAAUAACAAAAGUUUGUAAUCCUUUUAGCUGAAUAUGUAUGCAUUUAUUGUAUGGAAUUAAAUGUUUAUAUGUAAGUGUUUAAUAUACAAGGUACGAACCACACCAAUAUAUUUAUUGAUUUUAAUUGCAUUGCAAUGCAUUUGAUGUAAUAAACUAUUAAUACCAUUAA